AUGCGCCAGACGCCGCUGUCCGCCUCCAAACUAGGCAUGGAUCGGCGGUGGUGGCUCCUCGCCGUCCCCGCCCUGUGGAUCGUCGCCCACAAUGUCCAGUACAUCUUCGGCGUCCCGUACAUGGGCGACCCGGAGGUGAUGUGGGCGACCCGGCGGAGGCUCUUCGGCAAGCUCCACAUCCUCGGCGGCGGCUUCGCCAUGUUCUGCGGCCCCUUGCAGUUUCUCGGCGGCCUCCGGCGUCACUACCCGGCCGCGCACCGCUGGAUCGGCCGCGUCUACAACCUCGGCAUCGCCGUCGGGGGCGCCAACGCCUUCAAGAUGGCCUUGGCCGCCUCCUGCCACCCCCUCGGCCAGAUCGGCUUCGCCGUCCUGGCCGGCAUCUGGCUGGCCACGUGCGCACUCGGCCUCCUCGCGGUCCUCCAGGGCGACGUCGAGGCCCACAAGCACUGGAUGAUGCGCAACUACGCCGCGACUUACGCCGCCGUCACGCUGCGCGUCCAGAUGCCGUUGCUCAUGGCCUCGGGCAUGCUUCCCUACCACGCCGCUGCCGUUGCCGGCUGGACGAGCUGGAUCCCAAACCUCGUCGCUGCUGAGUGGUGGAUAACGAGGUCCCCUGCGGAGAAGAGGCUCAAAACGAAGUAA